GCAGAGUUAGCCGAAGACGUCAUGCUUUCGUACUUACGAGUUUCCGGUGAUGUCACGAAUGACACGUGUAUUCAAGAUGGCGGCCGUGAUGGAGUCAUCGGUCGUGCUGCUGCUCCUGUCUCUACUGCCUUUGGUCAAGCCGUUCUAUGUGCCUGGCGUUGCACCUAUUGAUUUCCAUCAGAAUGACCCUGUUGAGAUCAAGGCAGUAAAGCUCACCAGUUCCAGGACUCAGCUGCCCUAUGAGUACUACUCACUUCCCUUCUGUCGACCCAUAAGCAUUGUGUAUAAAGCAGAGAACCUGGGCGAGGUUCUGCGAGGCGAUCGUAUCGUAAACACACCAUACCAGGUGCAGAUGAACCAGGAUAAGAAGUGUGAACUGGCCUGUGCGAAACCAGGGCAGCCCACUAAACUCAGCGUGGCCGACAGCAAGCUGAUCGCCGAGCGCAUCCAAGAGGAGUACUAUGUUCACCUAAUUGCAGACAAUCUUCCAGUGGCUACCAGGCUGGAGUUUUACCCAAACAGAGAGGCAGGGACCGAUGAGGAACAGAAGAAAGACGUAGUGAAAGAUGUCCAGUUUGAACAUGGCUACAGAAUGGGCUUCACUGACGGUAACAAGUUCUAUUUGCACAACCACCUGUCCUUCAUUCUGUACUACCACAAAGAGAAGGUGGAGGAGGAAGAGGAGCAUAAUUACCGUGUUGUACGCUUUGAAGUUGUUCCACAGAGCGUCAAGCUAGAAGACCUGAAAGCUGAAUCGAAUGGUGCAUGCACCUUACCGGAGGCGAGUGGUUCUGCUCCUCAGGAGAUUGAUCCAUCCAAAGAAAACAGUGUGCUCUUCACCUACUCUGUGCACUGGGAGGAGAGUCAGGUGAAGUGGGCGUCUCGCUGGGACACGUACCUCACUAUGAGUGAUGUACAGAUUCACUGGUUCUCCAUAGUCAACUCGGUGGUGGUGGUUUUCUUCUUAUCAGGCAUCCUGAGUAUGAUAAUCAUCAGGACCUUGAGGAAAGACAUAGCGAACUACAACAGAGAGGACGACAUUGAGGACACCAUGGAAGAAUCUGGCUGGAAGAACGUUCACGGAGAUGUUUUCCGCCCACCUCAGUAUCCCAUGAUUCUUAGUUCUCUGCUAGGCUCUGGGAUUCAGCUCUUUUGUAUGAUCCUCAUUGUUAUCUUCGUGGCCAUGCUAGGCAUGUUGUCUCCAUCUAGUCGGGGGGCUCUGAUGACCACUGCCUGCUUCCUCUUUAUGUUUAUGGGUGUGUUUGGAGGCUACUUCGCUGGCCGACUAUAUCGCACUCUGAAAGGUCACAGAUGGAAGAAAGGCGCUUUCUGUACUGCGACCCUGUACCCUGCAGUAGUGUUUGGAAUCUGUUUCGUGCUGAACUGUUUUAUCUGGGGAGAGCACUCCUCAGGAGCUGUACCGUUCACCACAAUGCUGGCUCUGUUGUGUAUGUGGUUUGGUAUCUCAAUGCCUCUGGUCUAUUUGGGCUACUACUUCGGCUUCCGCAAACAGCCCUACGACAACCCGGUACGCACCAACCAGAUCCCACGCCAGGUUCCAGAGCAGCGCUGGUAUAUGAACAAGUUUGUAGGGAUCCUGAUGGCUGGCAUUCUCCCAUUCGGUGCAAUGUUUAUUGAGCUCUUCUUCAUCUUCAGUGCUAUCUGGGAGAACCAGUUUUACUAUUUGUUUGGCUUCCUCUUCCUGGUCUUCAUCAUCUUGGUGGUGUCCUGUUCCCAGAUCAGUAUUGUCAUGGUUUACUUCCAGCUCUGUGCAGAGGACUACCGGUGGUGGUGGAGGACUUUCAUAGUGUCUGGAGGUUCUGCCUUUUACGUGCUCAUCUACGCCGUUUUCUACUUCGUUAAUAAGCUGGACAUUGUGGAGUUCAUUCCCUCCUUGCUGUAUUUUGGCUACACAGCCCUGAUGGUUUUAUCCUUCUGGCUCCUGACAGGAACAAUCGGCUUCUACGCAGCCUACAUGUUCAUACGCAAAAUAUACGCCGCCGUCAAAAUCGACUGAGCUGCAGUCCUACUUCAUUUUGUUACCUUUUUUUCUUUACUCGUUUCUUUUGUUUUACCUUCCGGUUUGGCGAGCAAGCACUGAAACUAGUGUGAGUGUAUGUUUGUGGCCGUAUCCUGAAGCGGGUUGUUUGCAGCUACACCUCCUGUGGACUGGAGGAAAAAACAUACAGGUGGUUUGUGCACAGAAAAGUCAGCCAAUCACGCAGUGGCUCCUCCACUGAAACAGAUUUCAAUGUUAUGGAUUCUGGAAUUGUCUUUUUUUUUAUUAUUUAAUUCUGACUUUCUUGUUGCACACAUCACGUGGGCCAAAGUAUAUGAUGAUAUUUACUUGUCUGUUUUUUUUUUGUUGUUGUUGUUUUUUUGUCAUUGGAAUAAGGGUGAGAGAGUAAAGAUGGCUAACAUGAUUAAUAGUAUAUCCUUUUACAGACCAUAGUCAUUUUUAAAAUAUUCUUAAUAAUGUCAUUUGAACCUGCUCCAAAGUAUUUGGUUCAAACACUCGUUUGUUGUACAGACGUGUGGGUGUGUGUGUAUGUGUGUGUGUGUGGGUGGGUGUGUGUACAGCAUGCUGGAGGCAGAAGUCUGUAGGUAGAAGUGGAGUGAGCUGAUGCUAAAAUCAUGUGGCACUGAGAAAAUGAGAUUAAAAAUCACAACUUUAUUUCAUACUGGUGUUUUCCCUGUACCAUUAUGAUUCAAUAUUAACUUACUUUUAUAAAGAAUCUACACUUUUCUCUUUUUCAAAGUAAUCUUAGGCAGUUCCAGAGAUAUUGGCAAAGUUGGUUGUGAAAAACUAUCUUUCUUGUUAAUCUCGCACUGGAAAAGUGAGAAAAAUGUAACCUUCACUAGAAGUAAAUUUAUCUAACCACGAACAUAAGCACCUGCAGUUCACUAGACUCUACUAAAACUUUGUGGUCUAAUGACACAAAAAUGAGUUGCAUUUUUUUGCAACUGCAUCACAGAUCCUUAUUAUAAAGAUCUAUUAUUUUUGUCUCAUCUAACUACAGAACUGGAUUACAGUCAAUGUUCCACUUAACAUCUAGCAUAUGUUUAUGUUUAAGGAUAGAUGAAAGAAAAGGCUUUCUUCUGGCACACCUUCCAAACAGUUUGUUAAUAUGGAGGUGGUGUCAAGUGUGAUCUUUGGUGAAUUUUUUAUUCUAACCAUCCUUCUCAACAUGCGUGCAGGGAAAAAUACACUUGUAUCCUCCUUUAUUGUUUUAAAAUACUUAAUUAUUUAUAAUUCAUAUGUGUGUGGCUUAUAUAUAUAUAUAUAUAUAUAUAUAUAUAUAUUACACACACACACAUAUACAUACAUACAUACAUACUUCUACGCACACACUUUGAUUAAAGGUUAGAUUUUUCUUAUAAAUGCAGUGUGAGAUUGGGCACAGACACUUCACAUGACCUUUCUUUUUUUUUUUUUUUUUUUUUUUUUUUUUUUUUUCCUUUUUUUCUUUUUCAAAAACACAGCUUUACCAAUGAUGCCAAUAAUUCCGGAGCUGCCUGUAUAUUCUGAAAGCACAUUUCCCCAUCUUCCUAAUUUACAUACCUGCAUAUCGAAAUUAUAACUGCUGGUGAAUUUAUUCCGGCUGUGCAAAAAAGCAUUGCCAUGGUGCAUCACAUUAUGUUUUUCUUUUUCCUCUGUAUUUCUGUCCAAACUGUUCAAUCUUGUAUUCUUUCUUACAAGGGAAAAAAAACUGAAGGACCACUGUAAAACUGUUGAAGGGUGUAAAGCUUUCAGUAGCAUCAGACCGUUCCCUUGUUCGUGUGUGUUAUUGUUACAGCAGUGAAGGCAGAAAGCCAUGGCAGUCCAGCGGAAACACUCGACACCUAACAGCAGUGUGUUUUCAGGCUAGCGGAAGUGCAGGAAGUCCAUUGGGUGCUCAGACGUAGCAGUUUUUAAAAUCCCUGUCUGCUUGGUGUGUAUGAGUACUGCUACUUUUGUCAGUAUAUUGAUUUUUUUUUUUUGUGAUUGUGAUCAGUUUAAUUCUCAAUUUGCCUUAAGAUAGUGAAAAUUUAAUAUGUAAGAAAAAAAAAACCCUAUGUUUUAGUCCAGAUUAAAUUCAGACUGCUUGUUAGUAUGCUGUACUGCGUGACCUCUCUUUCCUUAUUUUUAGGCUGAAGUUUACCUAUCAAAGAGAGAAGUAUUGGUAUAAAGUAUACCACUGAGUCAUGAAGGGAUCUAAGCAGAUCUCAGUACCUCUGGAGAUCCACCAGCAUUAACAGUUAACGGCAAUGAGGUGAAAGCAGCCAUGAUUACAAGCAGUGCAUUUCUACCUAUGCGAAUUACUUUUCCACUUACAAUAUUAAUUGACAUCUAUCUAAACAUUCUGUAUUAAUCUGGAGAGCUGCUUUUAGCAGACGUUUCUUAUCUGUCUGAAACAGGAUUCAAGGGUUAUUACGAAAAUAUUUUCUACAGAUGUACUUUUUCUUGCCUGUUGAGUGUGCGCAUUAUUGCGUACGUCUACAGUGGAUGUAAAUACACCGCUUUGUAUCGUUGCAUUGUGAAGCUCUGUAUGUACAGCUCAUGUUCUUGUUUUAAGUUGAAAGCAUGUUUAUUUUAUAAAGAACCUCUUAUGGCCCUCCUUCCUUAAAACGAAUGUCUAGUUCUAUAAUGUAUGAAACAAUAAAAGUGCCGAUACAUUGCGAUUUGA